GGUGGAUGUACUACCGGCAAGUUGGGGUGCACAGCUGGCAGGAGGGUCUCGCACCUGGCGGAACGGGGUCCUCGGGGGCCCGCGGCGCUGGCGGGAAGCACGAGGGGCGGACGCGUCCCCCGGCCGGGCCUGGCCGCCCCCCCGCGCUGGCGGCGGGCGGGGCCGCCCCGGAAGGGCCCCGCAGGCAGCUCGGCCGCCCCCGGCGGCGCCAUGCUGGGGCCCGGCGGCGCGGCGGCGGCGCGCGGGUACCUGAGCGGCGGCAGCGAGCGGCGGUGCCGGGCGCAGCUGGCGGCGGCGGCGGCGGCGGCGGGGCGCGGGGCGGCGGCGGCGGCGGCGGCGGUGCUUGUGCCGCUGUGCGCCGUGCGCGGCCGCCCCGCGCUGCUCUUCACGCUGCGCUCCCGCGCCCUGGGCGGCGCCCACAGCGGCGACGUGAGCUUCCCCGGCGGCAAGCGCGACCCGGCGGACGGCGACGCGGUGGCCACGGCGCUGCGGGAGACGCGGGAGGAGCUGGGCCUGGCCCUGGACCCCGAGCGCGUCUGGGGCCUCCUGCGGGCCGUACCCGACCGGCGGGGAAUGAUGGUGGCUCCCGUCCUUGCGAACCUGGGGCCGUUGGAGGACCUGACUCUUAUGCCCAACCCCCAGGAGGUUGAGGAGGUCUUCACCGUCCCCGUGGCUCACCUGCUGCAGACGGAGAACCAGGGCUACACCCACUUCCGCUCCAAGGGCCGCUACAGCUACACACUGCCUGUCUUCCUCAAUGGGCCUUACAAGGUGUGGGGGCUCACGGCCAUCAUCACUGAGCUGACGCUGGAGCUGCUGGCGCCUGACCUCUACCACAGGAAGACACGGGUGACUGGUGACCGCUGAGCCCCCUGCCACCCUGCUCCUCUGUUAGCAGGGAGGGCUCAGUCCUGAGUCGGGAGGCAGAGGGAGGGGAUACGGCAGGCUACUGGGGUGGAUGGUGGGCUUUGCAAAGUGCUCGCAGGCCUGGGAUGUGGGCCAGUGGUGGCUGAUGCAGAGCCUGUACAGACGGACUUUUCUGAGGGGCUCGUCUGUGCUGCUGUUUUAUUCCUCCGGGGCCUUUGGGCACCUCUAGGACACGCUCGCUGCAUGCUCCUGAUUAGCAGGAGGCUGCUGCUGGGAAACCAGGGCAGCCCAGGAGCCGGCUCCACUGUCUCCCAUCCAUGGUGCUGCCAGCCCUUUGCCACGGGGCUCCAGCAGGCCUGUGCCCAUGGUUGAUGUCACACCUUGUGAUUUAGCAAAGUAAAGUACAAUGUUUUAAA